CAAGCUACCAUCAUCUUCUUCUCAUGGCUCAUUUGUUAGGCUAUGAUCCUAGUUCCCAUUUCAGCAGGGCCUUUUCACAGUACCCUUCUCUUUCUUCUUCUUCUGAGGUUAACAGAAGCAUUCGGUUUUCUCUUAAAGGCUGCUUUGAUACCAGUGCUAGUGGUAAUGCUAAAAAGGACUUUCUGAAGGAAAAGACAAAGCCCAAUGGUUUUGCAUGUCUUCCUCGCUCACCAUUGUUAGCUGAUUUAGAGAAGGGUAUUUCUGUAAGAGAUGAUGGCCAUUAUCCCACUCUUAUCAAUGUAGAUAAUAGAUCCCCAGGUGGAAGUCCCUCUAAACCUUUUUGUUUCCCUGAUGACCAAUUUCCCCAGAAACUUGUUGUAGCUGUUGACGUUGAUGAAGUAUUAGGAAACUUCGUGUCGGCUCUGAACAAGUUCAUAGAAGAUCGAUACUCGUCGAAUUAUUCAGUUUCUGAGUAUCACGUGUACGAGUUCUUCAAGAUAUGGAACUGUUCACGUGAUGAAGCUAAUUUCCGGGUUCAUGAGUUUUUUAAGACACCAUACUUCAUGUCAGGGAUCCACCCUAUCCCUGGUUCUCAGACGGCCCUUCGGAAGUUAUCAAGAUUUUGUAACCUAUCAGUUGUAACAUCUCGGCAGCAUGUAAUCAAGGAUCACACAAUUGAGUGGAUAGAGAAUAAUUAUUCAGGAUUGUUUCAGGAGAUUCAUUUUGGAAACCACUUUGCUCUUGAUGGGGUUUCAAGACCAAAGUCAGAGAUUUGUAGGUCUUUAAAUGCUAAGGUUCUUAUUGAUGAUAACCCGAGAUACGCCAUAGAGUGUGCUGAAGCCGGAAUUAGAGUCCUACUUUUUGAUUAUGAAAACUCAUAUCCUUGGUGCAAGACUGAGACUGCUGAUAAGCAUCCUCUAGUGAACAAAGUUAAGAACUGGGAUGAAGUUGAACGACAAUUGCUGUCAUUGAUAGCUUCAUAG